AUGCCCCUUGACGAUCUCGAAGCCCCGGAAUUUACUGAGCCGGAGCCGGGCUUGUCACGUGAAGAAGACGAGGAAAUGUUCCGUGCCAGAGCCCAACGGCUUGACCGAUUUGUGCAUGGUGUUAUCCAAUCGCGAUCAACCCUACCCAAAGCCCCAGCUUCAGAGGGGAACCCACUUGGAAGACCAUCACAUACGAUGCGGCAUGUUGGUUCUUCUUCAAUAACGGUACAAACAGAGAAGGAUGCCACGAAGCCUACGACGAAACGUAAGAAACCACGGAAGGCACGCGAUUCAAGCAUCACAAAGAAAACGAAAACCUCUCGGCGUAAGAAAGUGCCUCUCGACCAAGUGCCGAACACCGUAAUGCCAGCAAUGAGGGCGGUCUCUCUCACCCAAAGAGUGGAGCUAGUGGGGCCCAAAGUCGCAAACUACAAGCGUAAUUCCGACUACAUGGAUACAAACGUCCAUCCACGUGCCAUCAAAGAAAUGAUGAAGUCACGCGACGAGAAAAAAGCUACGAAUCCAACAAACCUCGAACCCAACACCCCGCACUCAUUAAUGGGCCUCACCAGAUCCAUCCCGUCUGAUCUUGGGCUUGAGGAGGUGUUUCAGCUUCAUGAUGUAAGCUACCAAGAACGCGAUCUAGCAUCUGAUUCGGAUUUAAGUGAGUCAUGUUUUAAGGUCGAAGGAGAUGCUCACGUUGGGCCCCAUGCUCUAGUGUGUUUUUCCGACACGGGUGACGAUGAAAUAUCCUUCUCCGGUUCUUCAGAGUUACGUGGCAAGUGGGAAUUGGACGAAGAUCAGAUCGAAUCUGUUAAUACUGAGGACAAGAGUGUUGAAAUUACCAACGUGAAGAGUCUUCCAGAGGUGAUAUAUAUGGGAGAGGACACCAGCGCAGAGAGGGUGUUUAAACCCUCGACUGGUGCUGUGGGGGUGUCAUUGAACUCUCGCGUGCUGGCUUCUGAUAGUCAGCAAGAUUGUUCGUUCUCUCCACCGCCCACUUUUAACUACAACAAUUACAAAUCAUUUUUUACCGUGGCUGAGAGCAGCGUCGCACACGUUUCCGACUCAGAAUGUGAUAGCACACAGUCACACGACUCGACACGGUAUGGUCGACCGAGAAAUGAAUAUGAUCGAGAAAUAAUCAUACGCAUAGAAAGUUCGUCUCCAGAGUCGGCCUCCAAGGCAGACCGUAAUGCAACUGACAUAUAUGACCGAGUAAGCCACGAAGCUACACCAGUGCGUUCUACCAAAGUCCAAGGUAGAUCAAAAAGGCCCCAUGUCGAUGAUGAGGGAGCGCUAAUUCCAAGGAUGAUCAACACUCAAUCAGGGCCGACGCAUAUUUAUCGAAUGUGCUCUUCUGACUCCGAGGAGGUAGACUCUUGGACCCCAGGAAAGUCAUCCGGAUUACAGACUCGAAAUAUAAAUCCACGCGAAAACGAAGCAUCUCGCCAUCCCCAUGCUUCAUCAUCUAGUCCGAUGGCUGGCCACAGUACACCCAAGGCACAAGAAUCUCACUCACCGCCCCAUGAAGAUGCUUCUAGCUCCGAAGAGGUCUUAAGCUCCGGAGACUCUUCUAUCAUUUCGAUGAGGGUUGGCACUGGGAAAUCCAUUCACGGACCUAGUCCAAACACACAUUCCAGGUCAUUUUCGACUACAAGAAAGACGGUUGAGGAGAAUACAGCUUCGAAUGCAUCAGCGCAAAGGGCUGAUUCACGACGUCGCUCUGAAAUAGAUCUGACGGGACUGUCAUCUGUUAUGGACAACUCAAAUGUCUCAGAACACUUUGUUCCGGAGUCCCCAGAAGCUGCCUUGGAUCAACUACAUUUGAUGCCUGAUUUGUGCGAGAUCAAUCGGCACAACAUUGCGACAUCUCCUUGCGGUGUUGGGCUGCAAGCAGGAUUGAUAAAAAGGUCAGGUGAUCUACCCGAUGGAGAAGAGGAAGACAGUGUAAUUAUACUAGGCACACCUGGUAAAGUUAUCGGAGACGAUAUCAGUGAUUCGACUCUGAGUGAACCCUCUGGGUCAAGACAACAAAAACGAUCGGCCCCGAAAAAAACCCUUGCGAGAUCCUCGGAGAAGAGACGAGCCGAGGAGCGUACAGGUGACGACAAUUCCAAAGCCCCUCCCUCCACUCAGGCAACUGCAUCGAUAGCGGGCCAGAUGAUAGAAAAGGGCGAAGUCGACAAAAUGAAGAUGUCAGAAUUGACAGAGUUCAUGAUGUCUGCUCCAGAAGCACGUGAUAUGUGGUUGAAAAUGCUCACAUACCAACCUAUAUCCUUGUCUCAAUUAAUGGAGUUCAAUAAGGAGCACGGUAUCAAAAUUUCGAAGGUAUUGACUAUUGCCUGGUGCGAUCUACACGGAGUCACAUGGACGAGCAGGGAAGAAGAAAAGGAGACAGCGAAAGAGUCUAAUAGUGAUUAA